CAGGCACAGAUCAAUGCUCGAGCGCUCAAGUGGUUCCAUCAGUAAAGCAACUCGAGCCCCUCUAUGUACUUAGACCCUGGCUUCCAACUUACCCACGAGUACGACUUGUGUUCCAAGUACAUCCUGAGUAUCUUGAAACCCUACUAACCUCAAGUUCUUUCCUUGCGCUAGCUAUGCAGAAGGAAUAUUUUGCGUCGUAUUCUCUUGUCGACGGAGUCGAGGAUCGUGACGAUACGAACCUUCUUGAUAGCAGUACAGUAACAAUACCUCCUCCAAAGUCCCGUCUCCUUCGCUGGUCACCAUGGCUAAGCCAUGGUGUGCUGAUGUUCAUAACAAUGGUGUUUUUCGUGCUAUGGGUGCGGGCGCCGUCGAUCGAUGAUGUAGUUCUGUACUCUCCAGCAAACGAGGCCAUUGAAUACGUCGGCAUUAUAAGAUUCAAUGGAACUCUGGGCACCCCUUCUAUAUAUCGUGGCCCUCCGUCUCCAGAAAUCAACGCCGCUUGGGAUAGGGUAGCUCUUAAUGUGCGUCCAGUUCGUAUGACGCUUGAACAAUUGCUCAGAGCAGGGGAGAAACCUUCUCCCUCCAUGGCUGGGUAUCCGGAAGAACACGGUGGAGGUUACAUGGCAAGUGUAGAAGUCAUUCACCAGCUCCAUUGCAUAGACAUGAUUCGCAGAGUCACCUGGGGCGAACAAGAUCCUUCCACGAGUCAUGAAUUCAAAGAUUCCCCCGAAGUCUUCCGGCGCAUUCAUCUCGAUCAUUGCAUCGAAAUGCUCAGGCAGAACCUUAUGUGUCGUGGCGAUGUGACGAUGCUCACUUAUGACUGGGUGAAGGGGGUCGACGGGCCUCUCCCUAACUUCAACACUCCUCACCGAUGCAGAAACUUGGAGAAAAUAUUGGAUUGGGUUGAUGAGCAUAAUCCCAACACUAGGGUGGUCCGCUUGGAGGGUAAUGUAGACCUGACUUCCCCUCCUUAAUUGCAGUCCCUAUUUUCUUCAAACAACGGCUCUCGCGUAAGUCACGAUAUGACGAGUGUAGCAGAGCUACCUAGGCUACGAAUGUUCUUAAACUUGUUAUAAAGUCGAAUGGAAAUCCUAUCUCUGCUGAAUAAUCAAUAAUAUCGUUUGCAAAA